AGGUGCUUUCCCCAAAGCAAAAAAUGGCUGCCUAAGCAAUAACAAUUUUGAGGCCGAGAAAGAUAGUCAAGCAAAGAAAUACCAAGCAGAUCCUGAUAGUUCUAUUAUUGAUAUUUAAAAGCCGCCUUUUCCAGUUUGUGUCAUGUCAGAAUGGACGUCAAGAUAGGAGUACGCGUGGUACGUGGCCCUGACUGGAAGUGGGGUCAACAGGAUGGUGGCGAGGGAUACGUUGGUACCGUCGUUGAAGUACGAACGGCCGACACCACUCCUGCUUCUUCGGAGGACGGGGGUAGCUCCCUAGUGACCCCUCGUGCUGUCCUAGUACAGUGGGACAACGGUUCAAGGUGUAACUACAGGUGUGGGAUUGAUGGGAAGUAUGACCUUUUACUCUAUGAUAAUGCACCAGCUGCUGUCCGUCAUCCUAACAUUACCUGUGACAGCUGCAGACAGAACGGGAUAGAGGGCCUCAGAUACAAGUGUGUCAAUUGUUUUGACUUCGAUCUUUGCUUCUCUUGCUACAUGAGCAGCAAGCACAGCAUGGAGCACAAGUUCAUACUACAAGAAGCUCCGGAGGCACCCUUUGUUAACCUACCACUGAGGUGUGACAGCUCCCGUUUGGUUGCUAAGGGUCUUUUCAAGGACGCUGAGGUCACUAGGGGAUACGAUUGGCUUUGGGGGGAUCAAGACGGUGGGAUUGGAAACAUUGGUCAUUUGGUGACUAUAAAAGGCUGGGAGAAAGACACUUUUAGAAGCGUUGCCGAAGUAGAAUGGAAAAAAGGAGGAAAGAAAAAUGUUUAUAGAGUUGGCCACAAAGGAAAAGUUGAUAUUAAGGCGAUCACUCCCGGUGAGUACGGCUACUAUUUCCCAGAUCACCUUCCAGUUCUUGGAAAGAAGAUACAAGAAAAGGAUAUAUAUGAUACAAAAGCUACUCCAGCUGGUAAAGGGAGUGAUGGAGGGAUUGCAGCUGGUGAUCAAGUCCGUGUUCAGUUGGACGUUGAUGUCUUCAAGGCUCUUCAGGAAGGACAUGGCGGAUGGAAUGACGACAUGGCCCAGCUAAUAGAGCAAAUGGGCACUGUCCACAAUGUCCUUGAUUCAGGUGACAUCAGAGUCCGUUACCCCAACAACAGGACAUGGACCCUUAAUCCUGCGUCUCUUACCAAAGUGACCCAGUUUGCCGUUGGAGACGUUAUCAAAAUAAUUGACGACAUAGCUCUUGUGCACGACCUUCAAGAGGACCACGGCGGCUGGGUAGACGACAUGGCUUUGACUUUGGGUCAAGCUGGUCGUGUGGUACGAGUCUUUCCAUCAGGUGAUCUCAGGGUCAGUGUCAAUGGUCGCUCAUGGACCUUCAAUCCGCUCUGCAUGAACGCAGCACCUGAUGAAAACCCUCCAGAAGCACCUCCUGAUACUGACAAUGGAUUAUUGGAUGGGCUUGGGGGCGGAGUCGAUAUAGAGACCCAACUCAGGCUAUUGACGCUACUAGAGAACCCUGCUGUGGUGGUAGCCGCUGCAGCUGCUAAUGAUACCAAUGCUUUGAGAGAGUUCCUCGUAAAACACCCGUCAGAGGUCAAUGCUAAAGCAGCUGGUAAAGCCGCUCUUCAUUGUGCUGCUGUUGCUGGCCAUAUUGAGAUUAUCAAGUGUCUCUUAGAAUUCAAGGCCAAUCUCGAGAUAGAGGACGAGGACGGAGACAGACCUCUACAUUUAUGUGCCUAUGGUGACGAAGAGGAAGCUGCCCAGUUGUUAAUUGACAAUGGAGCAGACGUUAAUGCUCGGAGUAAGCGUGGCAUGACCGCACUCAACCUCUCAGCUAUCAAGGGUCACACCAGCAUACUCAAGGUUCUGAUACGAGACCAGAACAUUGACCUCAGUGCAGCUGACUCUGAGGGUAAUACUCCAUUACAUUGUGCAGUAUUGGCACAGAAACUGGAAGCCAUUGUGCUCCUGCUGGAUGCCGGGGGAGAUCCCUCUCUCGUUAAUUUCAGACUCUUCACUCCGCUACACGAGGCCGCUCGAAUUGGGUUUCUACCGGGCGUGGACUUGUUUAUUAAGAGAAACCCAGAGUGUGUUAAUUUGAAGAAAGAUGAUGGACUGACUCCUCUUCAUUUGGCUUGUCUUAAUAAUCAUUUAGACGUUGCCACAACAAUCGCCGAAUGUGAGGCGUGUGAUAUUGAUAGCGUGGCGAAUGAUGAAUCCACUCCUCUCCAUUAUGCUGUUCAUCAAGGUCAUGUCAGGGUAGUUGAGAGAUUGAUUGGAUUCGGUGCUAAACUUAACGUUCAGGAUCACGAUGGAGACACGCCCCUCCACAUGGCGAUGGUUAGACAGACCGAUGGUGCCCUGGGCAGUGACACACCUCAACUUAAAAAGUUAAAUGAUAGUAUAGAGGUCUCAGAGGAAGCUACUGAUCGCGUCUCCAUACUUCAGGCUUGUUUCCUCAUACAGCAAGGGGCUGAUCCAUACAUCUUGAACCAUAAGGGGAACGCACCUUUAAGCAUAUGCUCGCCUGAGAAAGCAGUUAGUAUCACACAGUUUAUUGAUGACAAAGAUAAGUAUCCUAGUACAUUUCACGGUUCACUAAAACGAGUUCAACCCACCACUCACCCACUGGCAAUACUACCAGCUCCUCAAACACCAUCGAAUGGUCACAGUGCCACAGCUAAUGAUACUAGCCCUGCUCCGGUUAAAGCUACUCCUCCUGUCCUCCCCCCUGUUCCCUCCUCUUCAUUCAUCGAGUGCAUUAUCUGUGAGAAAGAGGUUACUCUGAGAUUGUUACCUUGUCGUCAUGAGGUUCUGUGCACCGAAUGUACACAGAGAGCAAAGAAGUGCCCGGAAUGUAAAGUUAAGUUAGAAGGUAUAGAAGAAAUAAGUCCAAAAUGUCUGAUGUGCGAGGAAGAAGUGGCCACUGUCACUCUUGAGCCUUGUCAGCAUAAAUUUUGUCCUGAUUGCUGCAAGAGGAUGAAACGGUGUAGCGAGUGUAGAAAAACAAUUGAAAAGAAAAUCGGUCUAACUGAUACCAGUACUACAGACACAGCAGUCAUAUCUCCUGUGGGGGCGGGUCCUCCUGGAAGCUCCGCCCCCAUUUCUGCCACGUCCCCUAGCAUUUGUGAGAUUUGUUGUGAAAACCCUCGUAACACUGUUCUUACCUGCGGCCAUCAGUUUUGUUCCAAUUGCUCUCAAAAGGUCGACCAGUGUCCAAUUUGUCGAAAGGUCAUCAUGCAUAGGAUUCAACUCUUUCAGUAGUGGGCGUGGUUUGCAUGUACACGUACGUAAUUGCUACACAUUCACGACUUUCGGAAAGACGUCUCAGAUUUGUAUUUUACGAAAUUACAGACAAAAACUGACUUUAUAUUAUUAAUAAUAAUAAUAAUAAUGAGAAUGAAUUAGUACACAUUUUGGUGUAUGACUAUUUGCAUGUUUGUAAUUAAUAGUUGAUGUUAAAUCCUUCUCUCUCGCUGUUGUGUUUUUGUGUUAAUUAUUUUCUGAUAAUCGUCUUGUUAUUUCUAACAUCUUUUCAACUAUUUCCA